AUGGACUCCUCCAGGACGGCUGGCAGCAGCAAGCAGGCCACGGGGAUCGAGACUCCCGAGCAGCUCCUCGACGUUUUCAAGGCUGCUGCGCUCUCUGUCACCAAGCUAUACAAGACAUCCGCGCUCGCCGAGACCAGGGCCCGCUCAGACGGCUACCAAGACUGCCUUGAGGACUUGCUAAGCUUCCUUGACAAGGAGAACAUGGGGCUCUGCGACGGCGAAGGGUGGGGGGUACGACGAUGGGCCACCGAGAGGCUUGACGGCCGCGACAGCACACUGCCGAGCACCGAAAGCGAGGACGAGACGGAAAAGGCAGCGGAGCGAACGGCCUCGCCCGAGAUGACGCGGACGAGCACCGAACCCCAGCAAAUAGCCACGCAGAUCAAAUCCGAUUCACCCGCGCCGACCAGCCAGCCGCGAAACGACGAACCAACACACUUUGUCGUCCCUUCGCAGGAUAGCUUCACGUUUCAGUCCGCACAUCCGUACCCCAACAUUGCCACGCUCGAUCUAUCCGACUCUCGAUCUCACGAUACACCCGCGUUUCCACCACGAGCGACCAAGGCCCGACUCAACGGACCAGCAACGGGCCGUCCUUUGCGCGCAUCCGGACACCUGGGACGAGGGGCUGGCUCAAAGCGCCGCAUCAACUUUGACGACUUUUUCGGCGGGUGCUUUGGCGGCAAGGAUCCGAUGAACCCCGGCGGUAAACGCGGUCGACACGCUUGA